AUGACUAAUUCUUUUAAUUUUCCAUCUUUAUUUUGGGAAACAAAAGUUUUGCCAUUAUUUCCAGACGAUCGAUUCAAAACUUUGAACAUCAACUUCAAUUAUAAUACCAAACACUUUAGAAUACAACAACCAAUAGUAAAUAAAAGUAGAUUGUGGAUAUCUGCAAAAUAUAAUUGCAGUUUAAAUAAAGUUAUGAGAAUUUAUCCAUUUAUAGAGAAACCUAAAAAACAAAUAAAAAAAUAUUUGAUAUUACCGCGUAUUCCCGCUGAAUGGAUAUUCCUAUGUUGGGAAAAUCUCGCAACUAAGGCUGCAUUUACUAUUCGAAUCAAGCAUACCAGUAGUGAAACAGCGCUUUCAAAUAUACGUGAUAAACUAGUAGAAAAAUCUCAAGGUUAUACAUAUACUUUAUUCCAUACACCUUUAAUAUCCACUCGUGCCGUAGCAACAGUAGUCGUACCUUCUGAAUGUACCAACUUUACUCUCAAAUCAGAUACACUUAUCAUACACAGCAAAUUACAAGUGAAAAACGACAUUUCAUACGCACGACGUCUUAUACGUCACAUUACGUUUUUUAGUAGACUCAAGAGAAGGGAUGUUACCCCAAUCUCACACGUGCAGUAUAUAGCACUUUCAACAAACUACAGCUACGAAACUAUAGUAGCUACUGGACUUGUCCUUUUCAGAGACGCUGAUAUUGCAUACAAUAAAAAAAUUGAUUCGUUUAGAAGAAAAAUAGAAGUAACAUGUUUGGUUGCACGCAGUGUGAUACAAGAAGCAUUCAGUAAUUGGUUAAUUACACUUAAACAGUUUGAUUCUUGGUUUAUCGACGGAUUUUUGACAUUUUACGGAGUUUAUCUAGUCGAUCAGAUUUACAGUGAGACUUUACUGAUGUCGAUUGUGGUUCAGACACGACGAAUGGUUUUUGAAUAUACACAAGCUUUUAUUGAAUAUGAUUUACCACUACAAGAAAAUCGAUUUUUUCACAACAAAACUUUUAGUAAAAUGUGGAGAGAAAAAACAUUCACUAUUUUCUAUAUGAUUAAUAGCUUAUUCCGUAAUCAAGAUGUACUAUACAACUUUAUUUUUGAUAACGCGAUAAAGUUAUAUAACACUAGUACAUCCAGUGAGACAUAUAAUCUUCAGUCUAUUCUCGAGAAUGUAUGGAGCGAUUUAAUGUUUGUGCCGGCCAUAAUUGAAAACAUCCGAUUAAAGAAUGAAGAUAUAAAAAAUGUGAUAACUACAUGGAUAGAACAAACUGGCUAUCCCCUGGUACAAGUAAACCGGGACAAUGAUACACAAUCUCUAGAAAUUAUAGUUCAAGAUUGUGUUGCAGUUAAACAAAAGAAUCUGUGUGCACAUAAAUGGUGGAUACCUGUAACCUAUGUAACAAUAUCAAAGAAUGUGUCUACUUCGAAGCAUUAUAAAUAUAUAGAACCAAACGGAAUAAGUAUCUUUGUUCCGUAUAUUAAGGAAGAUGAUUUUAUCAUAAUCACAGCGCACAAUGGAUAUCGCGUCAACUAUGAUCGUAAAUCUUGGGAAAAUAUUGCCCUCUUUUUGAAAAGUGAAAAGUCUAAGACUUCGGAAGCGUAUAAAUUAUCUGACGUCUCUUUAGCACAAAUUCUCGACGAUGCUUUUUAUUUUUUAAUACAAAAUACACAGUAUAACGUAUAUGCUGGAAAAAGGAAUAACAUAGACAUUUUUUUCAAUCUUGCAAGCAAUAUAGUUUACAUACGAAAGACGUACAUAACUUGGUAUCCUGUACUUACUGCUCUUCAGUAUAUAUCAAAGAUUUUUCCGUAUCCAGAAAGUGCAACUAUUAAGAGUAAAGUCCUAGACAUAUUGAAUAGUUUUCUGGAAGAUAUAUCACAUAAAAAUGUUUCCGAGAAUACUGUCAGUAAUCAAGUAUAUCACGAAGUUUUAAGAUGGACAUGCAUUCUUGGUGGCUUAAAGUGCAAAGAACAUGUCAAUGCUAUAUUACAGUGGCAUUUAGAAAAUCCUGUACAUCACAGACUUUUGCCAAGUUGGCAGAAAUGGAUAUACUGCCAAGGUUUAAUUUUAGAAAAUGCUACUUAUACGUUUGAUUUGUGGCAAAACAUAGAAAAAAUAUAUGUAACCCAGCGUAACUUAGGAGAAAUGUUUGAAUUGUCACUUUGUUCUGGGCAUAAUAGUUUGCAAUCUUUACGUUUUGUUAAUCUACAAAACAAAAGGACGUCUAUUAAUAUUUUACUCGAUAGUAUAGCAAAAUAUUCAAAAGAUGUUACAUUGUUGAAAAGUAUAAUACACAAAAUAAGAAACGUUGCAAGACAAUCUAUCACAGACAAUCUAUUUGCACUGGUCACUUUUAUUAUUAACAACACUUAUUCAAAAGAAAAUCUUGAAAAGAUUAUAGUUUUGUAUUUUGAAGAACUGAGUAACAUGCCUAUAAUUAUGGAGAAGACUUAUGCAAAAGUAUGA